CUUGUCGGUUUGUUGUGCGUGGUUAUCUCAUAGGUAAAUGCAUGAGUCCAAGUGAAAGAAGCCAAACAUUAUAAUACUACUCCCCCCCAAAUAAAAUUAUGUUUAAAAACCAUCAACUUAAAUUAUGUUUAUGAGAGAGAAUAGAAUUGAGGUGGUGUGUUUGCAGGUGGCGCAGCCCUAGUAGCCGACUGAAAUGUCGUGCUUAACAGAACACUGUACUAAAGCUGAACCCAUUCUGUCUGAUAUAAGCAUCAGAAUAUGUCUCUGUUUUCACCAUACAUACAAUAUUCUCUCUCACUCUCUUGUCUCAUUCACUCUCUCUAUCACUUCACUUCUUUUCUCUCCCAUAAAAACCACACCCCACCCCACCAUAAACCCUUACCCCACACACACUCACUCAUCACACUUCUUCUUCUUAUUCUUCUCCUUCCAUUCCAGUCCAUAACAACUCAUUAUCAAAUACUCCACUUUCAUUCCUUGCGUUUUACUUUAACUUCUCACUCCUCUAAACUCAACAAUGCCGUCAUCGGACUCUGGUGAGAGCCGUCGAUCAAUCAAACCACAGAACCGCCCCGGAGCACCUGCACCGGAGCAAGAGAAUCUCCCAUGUCCUCGUUGUGAUUCAACCAACACCAAGUUUUGCUACUACAACAACUACAACUACUCUCAGCCUCGUCAUUUCUGCAAAGCUUGCCGUAGGUACUGGACUCACGGCGGCACUCUCCGUGACAUCCCCGUCGGAGGCGGAACCAGAAAAAACGCAAAACGCUCCCGCACUCAUCAUGUUGCUGUUACUUCCUCCUCUUCCUCUUCCGCCAUCACAUCAGCACCGGAGCAUAGCUAUCAUUCAAUGGUGGCACCGUCUUGUCCGUAUGGUGGUGUUGACGGCGAGGGGAAGCAGAAUAUGAGUGUUUGCGGGAGUUUCACUUCGUUGUUGAACAACAACAACAACAACACUCAAAACUCUGGGUUUCUGGCAUUAAGUGGGUUUGGGCUUGGGCUUGGACACGGGCUUGGAGAUAUGGGGUUUGGGAUAGGAAGAGGGGAAUGGAGUUUUCCUGGGAUGAUGGAUGGAUCGAACAUUGGUGUGCCGGUUGUGUCUUCUGGUAUCGGAAACUCGUGGCAGUUGGAAGGUGGCGAAAAUGGUUUUGUUGGCGGUGAUUGUUUCUCUUGGCCUGGACUUGCAAUUUCUACACCAGGAAAUGGUCUCAAAUGAAUUCUUUUUGUUCUACAUUUCUUUUGGUUUCAAAGGAGGGUGUUCUGUUAGUUCAAUCAAGUUUAGUUUUUUUUUUUUUCUCUUCUUUCUCUUGUAUGUGGUGGCGUGUGUAUGCGGAUUUGGGUAUGGGUAUAAUCAUUAUCAGACAUCAUAGAUAGAACACCUGUGACUUUUAUUUUUUGUUUAUGUUUCUUAUGAAAUCCUUUGUCAUGUGUAUGUUCCUGAAUUAAUUAAUGGUGUUUUAUGACUAAA